AGGAGCACUUCUUGAAGAACGAGAAGUCCGAUGUGAGGCAGCCACUCAUGCUGUGUGGAAUGCGAUCUGGUGGUUGAAGGACAUGACAAAAUGUCCAAAGGAGGUCUCGUCGGUCAUAGAAACGCUGCAGAGUCACUUGCCAGGUCAUCCGAGCUUGCAGUGGCCACCUCUUCGAUUCCCCGAGGACGCAGUGCCGCCACUGGUUCCUCCCACCGCCCCUUCUGAAGCCGUCGCAUCGCCCAAUUAUGGGGCUCCGGCCAUUCGAGUCACGGUACCGCGUCCUGCAACAACAGUUGCAACACGACCGGCAGCCCCGCCGUCUUCGCCGCUGACUGGGACACGAGGUGCUCGUGAUGUGGGAGUUGGUCGUUCCACGCCAGCAAACGAGCCCCCGCCUCUGAGGGAUGGUGUGGGCUCUGCGGCAUUUGACGAGGAGAGCACACGUGCAUUUAUUGAGAGUCGCAGUCGCCAGAGCGCGACACCUGUGAGCCCUGGCGGGUUGUUGGAUACUGGGGUCCUCGGCGGGAGAGCUACGACGGGACGAUGUCGGGGCACUUACAGGCAGCAAGCCAUCACGUCAUAUUAUUUGGACCCUUUGGAGCGCGCAUGGCAUCUGCAAAUCAUGCGGUUCAUCGUCGAGAGCGGGAUGUCGUUCAACAGCAUGAAGCUUGAAAGCUUCAAACGCAUGUUCACGAUGAUAAUCCCGCCGGGGGUUCUAGGGGCGCCCGCUCCUAGACUUCCCUCGUACCACAUGCUGCGCACGACCCUUUUGGACGAGCUGGAUGGUGAGGUCCAGAAGUGUGUUCGGCCGGUGCUUGACACGUCGAGAGAGACCGGUUGCACAAUCAUGACCGAUGGUUGGACCAACAUCCGUGGUCAGAUGUUGUGCAACUACCUUGUUGGUACAGAGAUCGGGGUGGUGUAUGUGUCCACCGACGUCAUGCGUGACAAAAAGGAUGCCAGUGCCCUCGCGAACGCAUGGUUGAAAAGGGUGAAGUCCAUGGACGUUCAAUUGAGCGACAUCAUGGCGUUCGUGACGGACUCCGCCGCGGUGAAUGUCGUGGCGAUGGAGGUAUUCCAAAAAGAUGAGAGCAUGAAACAUAUCUUUUGGAUUCCUUGCGUCGCCCACAUCAUGGAUCUCAUUCUCGAGGACAUCGGCGGGAUUGAUUGGGUGGCUUCCCGCAUUUCUCAAGCGAGGCUGGUUACAAGGUUCUUCAAAGGCCAUGGACAUGCGAGAGAGGUUCUUGAGGCGCACUCGGCGAAGACUCUUCUGCUACCGGCGGAGACGCGUUUCGGCACGAACGUCAUCAUGAUGGAGAGGCUGGUGGCACUGCGGGCCGCGUUGACAGAUGUUGUGGCCGACGAUCGCUGGCGCAAGACUGUUUGGUCGACCAGCAAGAUCCGCAAGGAUGCAGCGGAGGUCACUGCAUGUAUCGGCUCCCCUCCAUGGUGGGAGGAUUUGAGAGCUCUGUGCAAGAUGCUAGAGCCCAUCAUGGGCAUGCUGAAGUUGGUGGACAGUGACACAUGCCAGAUCAGCAAGAUUCUGCAACGUUACGAGGAAAUGAUUGCAUAUUGUUUAUCCGCAUGUCGUGACAUUGAUCGGGAGCAGCAGGACGCUAUUGUGGAGGUGUUCCACAGGCGGCGCACCAUGUUCAAGACCCCUGCCCAUACGGCAGCCAUGCUGCUAGAUCUAGAGUUCCGGGAUGCGACGCUUUGUGACGAUGCGGAGGUGCAGCAGGCCUUGGUCGAGGCCCUUGUCCAGUUCGGCUACCCGGAGGAUUCGCCGCAGCACCGGGAGGCCGUGGAGGACGAGGCAGCCGUGGACCAGCAGCUCGUCAGAGGCACCKGUSUUCUGGCGAAGGUGACCGAGGAGGAGUUGAGCCUCGCCAGAGAGAGGAUGCGCGCCAUUUCCCGCAUGGGAGCCGAGCGUCGGGUGGCGGAGUCGGACAGGAGGCGACGCAGGGCUGGUGGUCGGGGACGUGGCGGCCGUGGACGAGCAGGUGUUGAAGGACGUACACGUGGCGAUGCGGGUUCCACUCCUCGGACUCGGCGACAGCGGACGGAUGGUGACAUUCGCAGGGUCCGCAUGCCUUGGGACGAGGGUGACUUCUUGUUCGACAGCACAUCCAGCGACGACGACGAUUUCUUGGCCGGGUGCCGUGGCGAUAGGGUUGACGAGCGUGUGGACGACGAUUUUAUGCCCCGCGGUCGCUACGUUUUGAAGCGGUUGAGACACGGGGGUAAGCGGGAUGACAGUAUUGCGUCUCGUGUACGCAGACGUCGUGUCCACAUUGCAAUCGACACGGGGGCACGUGACAUGCGGCAGGACCCGGUUGCCGUGUCAGAGGACGAGAUGGGAGAUCCUUCCAACGAGACGCAGCGCGACCCGGUUCAUGCAGAGGAGCUAGCCUCGAACACUGAUAUGAUAGUGACGGAGGAGGAUACAGGAUUCAGGAUCACUCAUCCCCGGUCGCCAGCACCGGUUGUUGGCACAGAGGAGGAGACGGAGUUCGGAGGACCCGGUCCACUCCGCCAGGCGGAGACUCGGUGCACUCCAGCAGGCGCCCCAGUCCACUCCACAGGAGCGGGUUUGGAGAACGGCGAGGCACGACGGGGUCAUGGUUCGCAGCUGUUAUCGGACGGCGUGUUAUCAGUCCAUCCACCAGAGGAGGGCCCGCAGCAAGAGCCACAUCGAGGGCUAGCGGAGACUUUAGAGGCGAGGCCUCCCGGAGUUAUCCGCUCGGACGGAGGCGAGGGCGUGAGCGAGGAUACAGCGCAGCCAGGGAGCGCAGAUGGUGGACGGUCCUUCAGGGGGGGCAUCGAGUGUAGAGGGUCAUCGACCGCACACCCCAGCAUUGUCAGGCCCAGCACACAUGACGUUGGAGACGGGCACACAGAUGAGCCUCGAUCGCAUUUGACGGGGAUCCGUGACGUUAUGUGUCCACCACCCUCACGCCCCUCUGCCGCUGAUCCUGCCGCCCACGGGCAGGCCGCGCCGAGCGCAUUGCCUAGGAGGUCUUUCUACGACGGUGCGGGCAUGGAACGGAGGGCGGGCGAUAUCGGACAGACAUCAGCAUAUGGACCGGCAGAUGUGCCCGCGGGGGCGCGAUCGAUCGGCAACGUCGAUGGCACUUGUCAUGAUUCCAUGAGAGCUUACGAGGAGCGGCAUGGGAGGCCUAUACGGGCCAAGACGAGCGAUGUCAACGACACCAAGACGGCAACUGCGAGGCUGUCACGGGCGAGGAAGAAGGGAACAGGUGUGUCGAUUCUAUAUCACCGGCGCCGCCUGCAUCCUUUUUUCCGCAACAGGGACGAGACCAGACAGAUGCCAGCUGCCGCAGAUGGACAGGGGGGGGCGGAGGGAGGUGACAGAGUAAACGAAGCAGGUCGAGAUGAGAAGAGACGAGGCGGCACGAUCAUCCUCACGACGACAGCUCCACAGCCGCUGAGGGCGGUGAGACCACAGGCGCUGACGAUCUUGAUGACUCCGAUUACGUCCCGAGGAUCCGUACGRCGGACGGAGAUGACGGCGGAGGUCCUGGACGUGCCGAUUCUGGACGCGGCCAAGUGGGCACAGUGGUGGCAUGCUGACGUGGCACUCAGGUUCUGCCUCCUCGAAGUUGUCUUCCAUUGGGCAGAGCCUGCUGACAGAAGCGAGGAGGACGAGAUCCCGGACGACGAGGUGGAGUUAUUGGUCAUCCAGGCUUGGAGGACGAACACGGAAGGAGAGCUUAUGGGGAUCCUGUUCGGGGAAGUACGCGACAGUCACCUGGAUUCGAUCACAGACGAAGUGCUGGUGUUAUUGACCCAACUGCUGGACGACCUACCUUUGGAGAUCCUCUCGCGCUGCGACAAAAGGCCCGGGACUGCCACACUCGCCCGUACCUUGAUCCCCCAUCUCCUGUGGUCUACGUGCACGAAGCUCGACGAAGAUGAUUGCUAUUAUCCCUUCAAAGGCGAUUACCUGGUCAUCGACGUCACUGAUCUCUCCGUCUGGGAUCCUCUCAUCCGGCGAGUGAACAUAGGAGAAACCAGCGAGGAAGCCGAAGAAGAGGAAAAAGAAGCAGCCGAGGAAGAGAUCGAUGAGGACGAUCAUCUUCAGUACACGGAAGGAGAGGAAAUGCCAGAAGAAGAAGAAUCGGAGGCUGAGUCGGACGAUCCCGAUUAUCACGAAUCCGAGGAUGAUGAGUCAGAAGAGGCCAGCUCGGAACGGAAAGAGACUGAGGAAGAAGAGGGCGGAUUGGGUGAGUCGAGUGGUCCCGACGAACUGAGCAGGGAAGAAAGAGUAGUCGUGGCACAGAGAAGACGGGCCGCGGCAGAAGGCAAACCGCCGAUCGAGGAAUCAGGAGGGCCACUGCAGCAACUGCUACAGGGCGAUCCAGCGCUCAAUCCGGAACUGCCACAAGAAAAGGCCGAGAGAAAUGGAGGCGCCACGGCAGAGGGAUCGGGAAGCCGUCACCACCGAAGACGUGAAUCCCCGGUCCAAUCCUCUCCCUGGCCCAGCCUUCGCCUACACUAGUGAAUCUCCCUCAGCGGUGGCCAAGCGCGGCCAAG